AAACACCCAUUUAUUUUCUUUUCAUACCAACAAUACAGACUUCAAAAGCUUUCAUCAUAAACACAUCCUCUUUUUUGAUCUAAUCAAAUGGUAAUGGCUAAUGAAAAAAACCAUAUUUUUAUAGAUCAUCAUCAUGGUCAUGAUGAACAACAUCAACAACAUCAUGGUUAUGAUCAUGAUCUUAAAAGAUGGGAUAUCAUUAAAAGUAAACAUGAACAUGAAAAACAAUAUUCAUGUUCUUCAUCUAUCGAAGGAUCUUCAACCAUAUCAAACGGAUCAUCAUCAUUAACUUGUUCUUCAUCUUCGACAUUUGAAACAACAGAUGAUGCAUCAUCUUCUGCAAAUUCCAGUGGAUCUUCACUAUAUGAUUUAUCAGACCUUAUGUCACACUUACCAAUCAAAAAAGGCCUUUCAAAGUUCUACCAUGGGAAAUCAGACUCAUUUACAUCUCUAGCAAGGGUCACAAGCAUAGAAGAUCUACCAAAAAAGGACAACAAUACAUUCAAGAAAAUGAAGUAUAAAUCUCAUACACUGCCUAAACCAAUCAUCACAAAGAAAAAUUCAAGAAAGAAAAAGUCUGGUGCAACCAAGAAGAAGGAACCCAAGGAGUAAUUUUGGUUUUAUAUUUUUAUUAUAUGUUCUUUUAAUGGUUUUGUAGAUAUUUUUUGGUGUAAAUAUAAGCCCUUUUGUUUUGUAAAUUAUUUCUUAUGAAUGAACUUGGAGAGGAGCUUAAAAGGUGGUUAUUACAUUA